CUACCAACCACAACACAACCAGACGAAAGCAGCAAGUAGCAAAUUAAUCCAACUAACACAAAUGGAUAUUUAUAAAGGGGUUGGAUCUGGCGUCUUCAUGGGGUGGGCCGGGAAGCUGCUCGAAGCUGUUUAAUUUGUUGGAGUCUUUGCUUGGGACGAUCCGCAGGACGACGAUGACAGGGUUGCUGACGAGGCUUGCAAAAAGUCUACUGCUACUUGAAUAUAUUAAGGGAGAGGUAUGUACUGAUUGGUUGAUUGAACCUUUCUAACUCUUUUCUAAAAUCUAGUAUUUAUCAUUAUUGUUCAAGGGUUGACUUACGACCAGCCAAUUAGUAGUAGCAAGCUAAUUUUAUUAUUCAGUUAUUUGCUGCAAGUAGACAACACAUCAGAAGCGUUAUUUGGUGAAGUAUUGAGCCAUUGCCCUCAUCCAUUCGUGACCUAUGCGGCCCGAAAGAAACAUUUCGUCAGAUGAAUUCUAGCUUAGUGUCACCACCAUUCACCACGUCCAUCGUCUUCCUCCAGCCUCUUCCCCUGUCCUUCUACCUGAGAGCUUAGCAUUCCAAUCCAUGGCAAAUCCAUGGGGAAUUCAAGCAGUAGGCUCGAGCAUCGUCAUCAUGGGUUGGCUGCUGUCACCCAUACUCAGCUUCCUUGUGAACAAGUUCUUUGCCAACCUCUCCUUUGACACAUCAAGAAAGCUUCGGAAGCUGGAGAUCGACACUAUCCCAAGCCUCAAGGAGACGCUGAGAAAAGUGGAGGAGCAGAGUAUGCUCGGAGAAGUGAAAGGCAAGGGAUCUGAAUCUGAUCUCGCGACGCUCAGGAAGAUAGAAGAUGAUCUCAAGUCCGCCCUGUACGAAGCCGAAGACAUACUGGAUCUGGUCGAUUAUUACCGGAUCGAGAAGAAAGUCAAGGGGGAUGGCCCCAGCUGGAUCUCAAGGGCUGCUGGGGCUUGCAUCACCCGCUGCAAGGGGACCUGGUUGAUCUUCCCUAGAUGCAUAGAGAGGAUUCGAGCUGCACUAUUGCAGUGCGCCAAGGGAUUGUGCUGGCUGGGCGCCACCCUAUGCAGAUCUGGUGAGCAACUACCAGUUUCCCAAAGGCCCUCCGACUCCAAUCCCGUGAUGCAGAAGCUCCGUGCCAUGGACAUCAAGGCCCUCUGUCAAUCCAUGAUGAGGUGGUUAGCCGAAACGUAUGUGGCUGCUUGUCAUUAUCGGGACUUGUCAUAUGAAGUGGUUGGCGUCAACAAAACAAACAAGGAUGACAUUGCAGUAGAUGUUUUCUUCCUUACUAUCGAUGGAAAAAGCUUGAGGAAAAGAAUAGAGGAUAUAGAAAAUAUUUUCAAUGACUUGAAAAACUCACCUCUGCUGAGUCAGCAAUGCAGCAGCAGCAGCGAAAUUCCAGCCAAGAGUACUAGCGAAAAGAGCAGCAGACAGGAGCAGAUUGUCGACUCGCACAUAAUGAUAUUACAGAAGGUAUUCGGUAGAGACAAGGAGCGUAAGGAUAUAUCUAGAAAGCUUCGCGAGGGACCAGAUGGUUAUGGACUAAGCUCCAAUAGUAGUAGACCUUACUCGGUGAUUGGUAUACAUGGCAUUACAGGGUCCGGGAAGAGUACCUUGGCGCAAUAUGUUUGUGAGUAUGAGAAGAAGGCUCAAGACAAGCAUUUUGAUCUUAUCAUGUUCAGUCAUGUGUCUACAACUUUCAGAGUGGAUAAGAUAUUCCGUGAUAUUCUAGAGCAGAUAACGAAAGUCCGGCCCUCCGAUACUGAACGCCUUCAAAACAUACAAAAAGAGGUGAAGGAAAAACUGCAAGGCAAACGUUUCUUGUUAGUACUGGAUGAUCUCUGGGUCAAUAAUGACAAGCAGAUGGAACAGGAUAUUCUACUUGAUGCCCUUGAUGUUGGGCAGAGUGGAAGCAGAAUCCUGGUGACGGCUCAAAGACAAGAUGCGGCUGCAGCUCUAGGAUGUGCUCAGGAGCAAAUUCCAAUACCUGAUCUGGAAGAGGAGGAGUACUUAUCGUUGUUCAUGCAUCAUGCACGAUCAGGUGCAAUCGGUAAUGAUACAGAAUAUGAAAGGAUUGGAAUCAAGAUUGCGAACAAGCUACGCCGCUCACCCAUUUCUGCAGUAACAGUAGGAAAGCAGCUUCGGAGGAAUACAAGGAUCGGUUUCUGGGAAGCAACAGCGAACGAUGUCGUGCUGAAUGAGACCAUGGGAGCUCUGUGGUGGAGCUAUCAGCAGCUUGGUGCUGACACCAGGCGAUGCUUUGCAUACUGCAGCACUUUCCCCAGAGGAUACAAGUUAAAACGAGAUGAGCUGGUUCGCAUCUGGAUAGCACAGGGGUUUGUAAACGCCAAUAGCGAUGAAAAAGGGGAAUUGGAAGAUGUAGGCAAUCACUACUUUGAUGAGUUACUGACAUUCUCAUUUCUGAUGCAAGUGCAACGAAAAUUCACAACUCAUGACCUGCUACACGAGUUGGCUGAGAGGGUUGCCGGAAGUGAUUUCCAUAGAAUUGAUUUGAAUGGCUCACCAAAAGAUAUUCCAGCAGGGGUUCGCCAUGUUUUCAUCGGGGCCAACAAUGGAGCAAAGGUUGUCGUGGAGAAAAAUCUGGACUUCAGAAAUUUACGCACCCUGAUCAUUAAGGAGCGCUAUACAGGUACAGAUAGAACGACGCAACCCAUGGAUGACUUAGAAGAAGUCUUUCAUUGGUUGUUCAUGAGGCUGAAGGAACUGCGGGUGCUGAUCGUUAAACUCAAUCAUGGGCCGAAAGUGGUGUCGGUCCCAGCAUCUAUUGAUCAGAUGAAGCAUCUGCGUUAUCUUGGCCUUCGUUUUCCCGGUGACAAGUUGAUUUUGCCAAGCACAUUUAGCAAGCUUUACCAUAUGCAGACCAUAUUUGUCAAACGUGAUUCCUCUUACAUGCGGGUAUCUUGUCCUGAAGAUAUGGCUAAUCUCAUACAUUUGCGGCACGUCACUGCUUGGAUGCCUUUCCCCAACGUUCACAGGCUGACGUCACUCCAAACGCUGACACACUUUGAUGUAAAGGAGGAACAAGGGUACGAGUUGAAGCAGCUGAAGCACCUAAACAAGCUUCGGGGCGCUCUGCGGAUAUGGGGUCUUGAGAUUGUGGGAAGCAAAGAGGAAGCUCUCGAAGCUCAGCUAGCCUGCAAGCAGCGACUCACAAAACUGGUGCUGCGGUUCAGUAAUGAUACCUGCAACCCAGACGUCACAGCAGAGGUGCUUGAGGGCCUUUGCCCCCCGAAGGAUCUUGUGGAUCUCACUAUCCAGUUCUACAAGGGUUCAAGGUAUCCUAGCUGGAUGUUGAGUCGGCAGCACCCAGACGCCCCAAAGCACCUGCAAAAACUUAGGCUCGCUUUUAAUUCCAUCCGAUUAGCAUCUAUUCCUGAAGAUAGCGAGCUCUUCACGCAUCUGCGUGAGCUCCGCAUUUCUCAUUGUGACUGGGACCGCUUGCCGGGAAAUAUGGAGCAUCUGGUGUCACUCCAGAAUUUGAUUAUUCGUGGAUGCGAUGAGAUGAAGCUCCUUCCGACGCUGCCCCAGUCUCUUCGGAUGAUUCAAAUCAGUUACAGCGACGUGCUCCGUACAACCUGUAAAGAAGAGGGACACCAAAAUUGGCAAAAGAUCCAGCACAUUCCAGAGAAGAAUUUUUUUAUAAGGAAGCUGAGCUCAGGCGGUAAUGCUCUUGGGCACCUUCCCUUUCUAAUACUACGAAGAUGCAUAUAUGUAGGAGUAUCCAAUUGUAAUGAGGCCUUGACUGACCCUUGUUACGUUCGUGAUUCCAUCUGUGAAGCAGAGCACACAUCGGGAGACGAGUCCGUGUCGGGAACGCUCGGCCGGCCAGUAUAACGGUCCAGAUCACACACCAAAGUGCAGUCCGCAUGGCGUGUGUGGUGUGUCCCGGCCCUUGACUGUGGGUUUCUGCUUUGCUUCCUUCGUUCCUUCCUGCCUGUGUGCGCUUACUUAUUCUAGUUUGUUUACUGCAUUCCGUGAGCGAAUCUUUUGAUUGAAUAAUCAAGCGAACAUCUGUAUUUGUCCUCUGCAUUGGUGUUUGCAAGAGAAACUCUGU